AUGGCUGAAAAGGUGACAUUUAUGAAACUGAAAGUUGAUCUUGAGUGUGAAAAAUGUUACAAGAAGGUUAAGAAACUUCUCGGCAAAUAUCCUCAAAUUCGAGACCAAAAGUACGAUGAAAAAGGAAACAUGGUUGCAAUCAUGGUGGUAUGUUGUAGUCCUGAGAAGAUUAGGGACAAGCUUUGUUACAAAGGUGGAGGUUCUAUCAAAAGCAUUGAAAUAGUGGAUCCGCCAAAGCCCAAGCCCGCUGAGCCCGAAAAGAAAAAAGAGGCUGAAAAGCCCAAAGCUGCUGAGCCCGAGAAGAAAAAGGAAGGCGAUAAGCCCAAGCCCGCUAAAGAGGCGGAGAAGCCCAAAGCUGCUGAGCCUGAGAAAAAGAAAGAUUCCGAUAAGCCCAAAGAAGCGGAAAAGCCCAAGGCAAAGCCCGAAGGAGAAAAGCCCAAAGAUAAGGCUGAAGGUGAGAAGCCCAAGGAUAAGCCCGUGGCGGCUCCUAUGCAGAUGAUCCCACAAAUACCACCGCCGAUGGCGGUGCCGGUUGGGAUGUGCUAUGUCCCAUCAUGCUACGAGGGUAGGCCUGUUGUUCCAUACGGCAGUGCGUACCCUCAGCAGUAUGGUGGGCCGGUGCAAUAUUAUGAUGGGUACUAUGCAAGGCCCGUUUAUGAUAGCUAUGGCGGAAGUGGGCCGUGUUAUGUGGGCCGGUGUGAUCAGUACCUCAGCGAAGAAAACGCAACAGGGUGCACCAUUAUGUGA